AUGAGCAUUGACGCUGAUCGCGCGGCUGCCGAGAAGGCCGCUGCUGACAAGAGGAUCGCCGAUGAGGCCGACGCCUCCGCUGCUGCUACGGCCGACUGGCCUACUGGAGGAUAUAACACAUUUACCCCGCUCCUGUUUACUUUCAUGCAAUUUUUGAUCCAUGGUUUUGCUGCUGCACUGAAACCAGCCCCAUUUAUGGGAACAUACUUUAAGCGUUGGCAGACUAAAACCGUCUUAUGGCUCACGGCGAUGAAUGUGUUCUGGGUCGCCGGUGUUACUCCCACGGGAACGAUCGCUCCUGAACAGGAGAAGGCGUUCAGGGAGGCCACCGCCGUCUUUGUUGGAUGUGUUCUGAGCGUGAUCGGAGAUAAGCUGGUUGAUGCAUACUUACAUAUGUGGGUUGCCAAGGACUUGUGGGAGGCGCUCGAAUCUAAAUUCAGCGCAACGGAUGUUGGAAGCGAGAUGUAUAUUAUGGAGCAGUUCCACGAUUACAAAAUGGUCGAAAAUUGUUCUGUAUUGGAACAGGCUCAUGAGAUACAGUGCAUUGCUAAGGAGCUUGAGCUUCUCAAGUGUGUGAUGCCGGGCAAAUUUGUCGCGGGUUGCAUUAUCGCUAAGUUACCCAAUUCCCGGAGGAACUUUGCCACUACUCUAAAACAUCAGAGGCGUGAAUUCUCAGUUGAGGGUGUCCUUGGUCAUCUGAGUGUCGAGCAGAAUUCAAGGGCAAAGGACUCGCAAGGAAAAGGGACCGAAGGGACCUCUGUUGCCAAUGUGGUGCAGAAGAACUUGAACCCUCACAAGCCUAAGGGGAAGACUGGUGUCCAACAGAAUACCGAGUUUAACAAGAAGGGCAAGAAGACCUUCAAGAAAGAUAAGAAGAAAGGUGCAAAUAUUCAUGUGUGUGCUGACAUUUCAUUGUUUUCUUCUUAUCAGGCCACAGGGAACGGAGUGAUUGAGUGUUGCCACCGAGCAUGCCGCCCAGACCUAGGGCUUGCCUUCUUCGGCCGCCUCCUCAAGACAGGCAUCCCGACGGACAUCAUUACCUACAGCAGCUUGUUCAAGUGCCUCUGUGACAUGAAGCGCACAGAGGAGGCUCUGAACGUGCUGCUCCAUAAGAUGCCCAACGACCUGCCUAAUGUCAUCUCCUACUCAGUGAUUCUCAAGAGCUUCUGCGACAAUGGGAGGAGCCAGCUUGCGCUUGAUCUGCUCCAGAUGAUGGCCAAAAAAGGCGCUGACCACUCCCCCGACGUGAUGUCAUACAACAUGGUAAUUGAUGGCUUCUUUAAGGAGGGUGAAGUAAGCAAAGCAUGCGAUCUAUUCCAAGAAAUGAUACGACAGGGGAUUGUGCCUGCUGAGGUGACAUAUAGCUCCAUUAUCAAUGCGCUAUGCAAAGCAAGAGCAAUGGACAAGGCAGAGGUGGUUCUUCGAUCAAUGGUUCAUAAUGGUGCCCAACCAGAUGCUGUGACAUAUAAUAGCUUGAUCCAAGGAUAUUCAACUUUGGGACAGUUGAAAGAAGUCGCUAGGUUGUUGAAAGUGAUGAGAAGUCAAGGUGUUAUGCCAAGCGUUGUUACCUACAACUCACUCAUGACCUGCCUUUGCAAGCAUGGAAAAACCAAAGAAGCUGAGAAAAUAUUUUAUUCUAUGGCCGUGAACGGACGAAAACCUGAUGUCAUCUCAUACUCUAUUUUGCUCCAUGGGUACGCUAAAGAAGGAUCCCUCAUUGAUAUGAUUGAUCUCUGUGAGCGGAUGGCAAGAGAUGGAGUUGUACCCAACCUCCAUUGUUUCAACAUACUGAUUAAUGCAUAUGCUAAGCAUGGAAUGAUGGAUGUGGCCCUGCUUUUCUUCGAAGAUAUGUUGAAGCAGGGGGUGAAGCCUAGUGAAUUCACUUAUUUAACUGUGAUAUCUGCAUUUUGCAAGAUGGGCAGGAUGGAUAAUGCGAUGGAAAAAUUCCGUGAGAUGAUUGAUAUGGGAGUACCAGUUGACACAGAAGUUUACAUGUGCAUAGUUGAGGGUUAUUUUAAAAAUGGUGAUUCAGUGAAAGCCAAGGAUUUUAUUACCAAAAUGAAGAACAAGGAUAUUCCAAAUAGGCCGCAGAAGGGUAAUUAUUGA